GGAGAUGAGGGCAGAGGAGACCCAGGCCCCAGCACGCGUAACCUUUGCGUAAACAACUUCGCUUUGAACGAGUGCGAGAGUUUUCGUUUACAAAUCUGGAGCCACUGGGUGGAAGCUGCAAGGGUGGCUGAAUGCGCACUUGUGGCUAUGCCCGCAGUGCGGCUUCGCGUCGCGGCUGGUGGAAAAACGCACCGCGGGCAUUUGUUGGCGAAAACUGCGAUCCGGCGGCUCCCCGGCACUGGGCGGAGCCUGGGGACCUCUGAGGGCACAGCGCGCAAAACCCCAGUGCCUUGGACACCGCCAAGGGCGCCGCUGUGA